AUGAAUGUUUUAAAUUGGUUACAUUCAUUUGAGUUUGAUUCUUCUCUAGAUCACUCACUUGCUGUUUCUGAUCUGAACAGGGUGAAAAAGUUUCCAGAACAGAUGAAGACUUGGGUAGGAGCUUUGGAACCGCAAGAACUUAUUCCAUCAGUCAUCAAACCACCAGAUUUGGAUCUUAAACCUUUACCUUCUAAUCUGAAAUAUGUGUUUCUGGCUGAAAACAAUAAAUUGCCUGUUAUAGUAGCUAAUUCACUAUCUGAAUUUGAAGAGCAACAAUUAGUCACAGUUCUGAAAAAAAAUAUGAGAGCUAUAGGCUGGUCUUUAGCUGAUAUUCCAGGUUAUUUCCAGAUUCCUAUAGCACCUGAAGAUCAAGACAAGACAACUUUUACUUGUCCUUAUGGGACCUUUGCCUAUCGAAGAUGCCCUUUGGGCUAUGCAAUGCUCCGGGAACAUUUCAAAGGGCUAUGA